AUGGAUGAUUUCGAUCUAUUCACCCAACCUUUGGCAGAAACGCAAGUAUCAGGAUCACAAAAUACAAAUAUACCGGAGGAUGAUUUUUUCGGAGCUGGAAAUACUACCAAUGUAAUAAAUACAGCACCAAUCGAUACUUUCAGUAAUAAUCCACCAGAAGAUUCUUGGGUUCUUGAUGAUAAUUUUAAUAAUGCACCAACAUCAGAAACUACUAUAUUAAGUGAGAAAACUUUAACUAAUUUAGAUUCAGCAUCGCAACUAACAUCAUUCAUAUGCUACAAAUAA